AUGAUUCGGCGGUUUUAUUCGACGAUUUUGGGGAGUUCUGUUGGGAAGUUCCCCAAGAACACGAGUGAUAUACCCACGACCGAUUUGUUGAUCAAGUUGGGGUUUGUUAGCCAGCCAAAUUCGGGACUUACUCAUUGGCUUCCGCUAGGGCUUUGGACUGUUCGGAACAUUAUAGGCAUAAUUCGCAAGCAUCAUGACAAGAUCGGGUGUCAGGAGGUUUCGUUAUCUGUGAUGUCGCAUCAUUCGCUGUGGGACAAGACAAAAAGAUGGCAAAAUGACGAGUUGUUCAAAGUCGGCGAGUUCUGUUUAGCUGCCACUGCCGAAGAAGAGAUCACCCAAUUAGUUCAAAGAUAUGCUGACAGUUACAAGAAGCUUCCGAUCAUUACUUAUCAAAUUGGACGCAAAUAUAGAAACGAAAAGAGACCCAGAGGCGGUCUUUUACGAGGAAGAGAAUUUAUCAUGAAGGACGCUUAUUCUUUUGAUGUUAAUCAGACCAACGCUUUGAAGUCGUUUGAGAAGAUGAAUCAGGUGUAUUAUGACAUUUUCAAAGAAAUCAAGGUCCCGUUCGUGAAGGCGAACGCCGACUCCGGAGACAUUGGCGGCGAUUUGAGCUACGAGUGGCACUUUGUGAGCGAGCACGGAGAAGACACUCUGCUGGAAUGCGAUGCUUGUGGGGUUAUUGGCAACAUCGAAAGAGUGAGACCGCAUUUUGAAGAUGGCAAGUAUGCCAACGAAGCACAGGUGAAUUAUCAUCUGACUAAAGACGGCGAUUUGUGCGUGGUGUACUCUCCAAAAGGACGGAGAGUGAAUUACAAGUUUUUGAAAGAGGAGGAUCUUGUUGAUUUUCGGCCGGGCUUGAGCAGUCAAGAGGCGAUCGAGAUCUUCAAGGACCCGCAACAGAGCGAGUUCAAAAACAUCAUUCGGGUCAUGGACGUUGGUGUUGGACCAGGCACUUUGCUUCCGGAUUUGGAGGUUCCGUAUGUUCGGUCUCGUAUGACCACUUUUGAAGACGUUUCUUUCACGGACGCUCAGGACGGAGACACGUGUUCUCUGUGCAAGGCUGGCCAGCUCAAGAGUUUCAAAGGAAUUGAGGUUGGCCACACUUUUUAUUUGGGCAAGAAGUAUAGCGAGGCUUUGAACGCCGGGUUUGCCGACUCCGAGGGCCAGAAACAGCUGUAUGAAAUGGGAUGUUAUGGAAUUGGGGUGAGCAGACUUGUUGCUGCAAUUGCAGAAGCCACCCGAGACUCGUAUGGGCUUAGAUGGCCGGCCAGUGUUGCGCCUGUUCAGUUGGACGUUGUUGUUGCUGGGUCUUUCACUGGCGACAAAACAGCUGUGGACGAGCUUGUUUCGAACAUGCAAGGGGUGCGUGUGCGGGUGGACGACGAGGACGGGGGAUUGGGAGAGAAACUUGCUCGGUCGAAGCGAAUUGGCAUUCCGUUACAACUGAUCGUUGGCAAACAGUACCCGCAGGUGGAAAUAGAGAUUAGAGGAGCACAUGGAGAUCUGGGCAAGCUGGAAACAGAAAUCCAGGACCAGAACGGAUUGAAGAAGCUGGUUGUUGAUAUACAAAAAGCGCCCGAAACGGUGCGCAAACUACUAAGUGUCAUGUAA